AUGUCAGCACCGCAUGGCAGCAACCGGCUCCGCACGGUGUUCGUGGGCAACAUCCCCAUGGAGGGCACGGCGGACGACCCCGAGCUCCGCGCCCUAUUUGCCCAGGUCGGCCCGGUCGUCAAGCUGCGCAUCGUCGUCGACCACGCCACCCAGAAGCGCAAGGGGUUUGCGUUUGUGGAGUAUGUGGACAACGCGACAGCGGUCGCCGCAGUGGAGCAGCUGGCCGACGUCGACUUCGGCGGGCGGACGCUCCGCCUUGGCAUCGCCGAGCAG